GCGUGGCAGCUGAGCGCGUUGGUGACCAUUGUGGCAGAAGACGGAAAUGCUGUUGCUGCUGCUGCUGCUGCGCUGCUGCUGUCUCUUUUGUCUUUCAAGUUGCAAAAAGUUGAUGCUGCAGCACUGGACCAGCAGCAGCAGCAGCAGCAGCAGCUGCUGCUGCAGCAACAGCUCAUGCCCCUCUGCCUCCUCUACAAGCUUUCUCCUUCGCCUACGCGGCCGGCGCAGACGCAGCAGCAGCAGCAGCAGCAGCAGAUGGUGCAGCAGCAGAUUCAGCAGCAGGAAUGGACGUGGAUGCCCCGGGAGGGACUGACCAGCAGCAGCAGCAGCAGCAGCAGCUCAGUGCAGUUAGAAUAG